AUUGCAUCUUUUAAAUGCUUCGUUUUCAGUCUCUCUCUCUCUCUCUCUCUCUCUCCUUUGGAACUUCUUGAUAUUCAACAUGGGAGAAGCUCAAGAAGUGCAGCUCCACAUCAUCACUGAGAUGGGCAAACAAGCAAACUCAACUGAGCAAAUGCAUACCAGCAGCCUAUCAACAAUCGGCAAACGAAGAAACUAUAAGAGGUGGCUCCGAAUGGCCAUAUAUACACUCUUUCUCCUCUUUGGGCAGUCAACAGCUUUAAUACUGGGAAGAUUAUAUUACACAAAAGGUGGAAAGAGCAAAUGGUUAGGAACUCUUGUGCAGCUUGGAGGCUUCCCACUCCUCCUUCCCUACUACUUCAUCUCAUCACCCAAAAACAAACCCCCCAAAGAAGAAACAGUCCUCUCAAAACCACCAUCAGCCUUGACACUUUCAACCGUUUAUGUAUUCCUUGGCCUACUUGUAGCAGUAGAUUGCUUCUUGUUUUCAACUGGGCUAAUGUACCUUCCAGUCUCUACUUACUCCCUCAUUAGUUCCUCAACAUUGGGGUUCAAUGCUUUAUUCUCCUUCUUCCUCAAUUCCCAGAAGUUCACCCCUUUCAUACUCAAUUCUCUAGUCCUUCUCACCAUAUCCUCCAUUCUCCUUGUUCUUCAAACACAUUCUGCAGACCCCACAGCUGGAGUCUCUAAAGGGAAGUAUAUAAUUGGGUUCAUUUGCACACUUGGUGCAUCUGCUGGAUAUGGGUUGGUGCUUUCCCUCACACAGCUUGCCUUUAAGAGGGUUCUGAAAAGGGAGACAUUUUCAGCAAUCAUGGACAUGAUAGUUUACCAAUCACUUGUUGCAACCUCAGCUACUUUGGUGGGACUUUUCGCCAGCGGAGAGUGGAAGGGUUUAAACAGAGAGAUGGAAGAGUUUGAACUGGGGAAGGUCUCGUAUCUCAUGACUGUGAUUUGGACAGCCAUAUUGUGGCAGGUUUUCUCUGUUGGUUGCAUGGGAUUGGUUUUUGAGGUUUCUUCCCUCUUCUCCAAUGCCAUAAGUGUUCUGGGUUUGCCUAUUGUUCCGGUUCUUGCCGUGAUCUUUUUCCACGACAAACUUGGUGGAAUAAAGGUGGUCUCCAUGGUGUUAGCUAUUUGGGGCUUUAUUUCGUAUGUCUAUCAGCAGUACCUCGACGAUUAUCAGUCCAAGCCUGAAGACAGAACUUCCAAUGAAGUUUCCGAUUAAUGCUUCCCAACAUGGAGAGGUUGAUGGAUGAAUAAGUUUCCUUUUGUUUUAGGCUGCAAUCUACAGUGCUGGAUAAAACACAUGCUUAGAUCAAUGUGAGGCUAAUGCAAGUAACAUUUUUUGGCUUAUGCAUGGAAUGGCUAUUAGUAGAAGACGAGCAGAUGUCCUCAUCCCUAUUAAAUGUGUGGUCAAAUUAUUUUGCCAUGUAAUUGUUAUAUUGAAAAUGAUCCUCUCAAGUUCUUGUCCUAAUUUGAUGAUACCAGUUAAAAGA